CCGCCCGCCACUUUGCCAGUCCAGCCGAUCAGGACCCCGAUAUCCAGGUCCCCACUGUCACUGUGACUCCUGCCGACAUGGUUUCGCCAUUGCUGACCGAAACAAACUAUGUCCUUGAGCCCCAUCAGCCCCAGGAGGACAUCAACGAGCGAGCCCGAAAAGCCGGACGACCGCGUCUGGGCGCCGGGGCUGUUCUAUCGGAGGAUCGACGCAAACAAGUCCGUCGCGCGCAACGAACUUACCGUCUGAAGAAGGAGGCCACGCUGCAGCAGACCAAGCAGCGAGUCGUCGAUCUAGAAAAUAAGUUUGAGCGCGUCUCGUCGGCCUUUGCGGACCUGAUGCAGGGGCUGGAUCCUAGCGUCAAGAGCAGGAGUCCUGCGCUGGUGCGAAGGCUUGAUGCGAUCUACGCGUUGUUAGCUGAUGGAGAGGACGAGGCUGUUUCGAGAAGAGUCCCACAGAAUAGGAAUGCCAUGGAUGAGACUGGUUUCGAGACUCAGAGCUAUGCCCAGAGGCAGAGUGCAGAUCCAGCCUCGACAUCAGCAUCAACAUCAACAUCAACAUCCUCUCCCAACCCAAACCCUCACCACCACCAUCCCCCUCUUCCUCUCUCCAUCACAACCACCACCAUGUAUACCUCCUCACACCACGAAAAAACCCUCCCCCGCCACCUCCACCGCCUCAGCCUCGAACACGCCUUCCACCUCUUCAACGACCCGCGCACUCACCCGCUGAGAAUCUACCAAGUCUUCCGCCUCGUCCCCUGCAUCCAGGACAGAUCGAAAAUGGACCCUUAUUUCCGGCGUCUGGUCUCCGCCGGCGCCGACGAGGCGCUUGAGAUCCCCUCUUUACCAUUCUAUGGCAUCGGGGGCGCGGGGGCGCAUUAUCCUGCGCGUGAUGGGGAAGGGAGGCCCGUGUAUCCGGUGAAUUCGAGGAUGCCGAGACGGGUUCUGGGGGGUUUAUUUGUUGAUCGCUCGGCUUCGGAGAUGGGUGGCCGUGGUGGGGAACGGAAAAGGGAACGGUAUGCGGGCCAGAAAGAGGAGGAGAGACGGCUGCAGGCGUACGGGCUUGGAGGCGUGUGGUUUGAUUGUCGCGAUGUGGAGGGGUAUUUGAAGGAGAUGGGAGUGAGGAUGGACGGGGGGUUGUUUCCGGGGGUGAUGCAGGAAGAGAGUCCGAGGGAUAGAGGAGAGGGUGGGAAUGACAGUGAUGCGGAGGAGCAGUUGCAGACGUCGCUUUUGGACUCGGUCAUGGAGGGGAGGGCGAGCGAUGUGGACGAUGUAGAACCUUCACAGUCAAGCAAAAGCAGAGCGUGUCGACGCAUUCUGGAUAUGGACUCGUUCCUGUCAAAACUCCUUCAAGGACUCGUUAUUCUCGGUCGUGCGCCGGGUUUCCGUCGCAGCGACGUUGUUUCGGCGUUUCAUUCGGCAUUAGUACCUCAGACUAUUUGAUAUAGAACCGCAGCAUCGUGUACCUGCAGCAUAUUUCCAACUUAUCGGCAAAAUAAACACCAG